AACCAGGCAUUAUUUCUAGGUUUGUUUGUCUGUGAAAUCCCCAAAAUCUCAACCCGCAUCCAAUCCAAAGCACACCACAAUCGCACACCCAUUUCCUUUUCUCUUGCUUCUUUUCCCACUCUCCGCUUCUCACAUCAACCCAACCCUAGCCUCAUCCUGCUCUUCCAAUCGCUCUAAACUUAUCUCCCUCUCUACAAUCGAUCUUCGAUCCGCUUCGCCGUUCUCCCAAAUCGCUGCAGAUUAUCCGCUGUUUCGACCGUCGCAAGGAGGAGGAGGAGGAGUUCUUAGCGAUUCGCACUCGAAGCUUCCGACGGCUCAUCGGAGAGAUUCGGUACGAAUCUCAACGCGCUUUCUUCGACUCGAGAUAUCCACCGAAGGAACGAAUCUUCUUCGUUGGAUUGCACUUUUAUGCCCUAAUUGUUGCUGCGGCUUCGUCGGAUUUCUGAUUUUGGAGGGGUUUGGUUCAUCGGAUUAGGAUUCAUCUGAUUCGCAGUCUCGAUCGUUUGAUAACGAUCUUGUUGCUCUGGUUCCGAACCUUUGGACGGAAUUUUGAUUCUCUGGAUUCCGAGUGCCGUCGAUUUUUGUCACGGACUGAAGAUUUGUCAUCCGGUUGCUCGUGAAGAAUUCUGGAAGUGAAAAUUAAAUCUCCUUGUUGUGGUGGUUCGAUUUGUUCGAUUUUAACCUUAGUAAUCUGCAAGUUGAGAAGAGAAAGAAAAAGAGCUUUGCUAUAUUAUAGAAAGAGAAAUAUACCAUGGCGGUGUAUUAUAAAUUUAAGAGUGCAAGAGAUUAUGAUUCAAUUCCCAUGGACGGUCCUUUCAUCUCUGUUGGUACAUUGAAAGAAAAAAUAUUUGAAUCCAAGCAUUUAGGGAGGGGUACUGAUUUCGACCUUGUGGUCACCAACGCCCAGACCAAUGAAGAAUAUCUUGAUGAAGAAAUGUUGAUUCCUAAAAAUACCUCAGUCUUAAUUCGCCGAGUUCCAGGACGGCCUCGUUUACCAAUUGUUACUGAAAUAGAACAAAAGGUGGAAAGUAAGGUUGUGGAAUCUGAGUCUGGAAACAGAAGCUUACCAGCUGAAGAUGCAUCUGCCAUGAAAUAUCCGGAAGAUUCAGACUGGGAUGAAUUUGGCAAUGAUUUAUAUUCAAUUCCUGAUCAAGUGCCUGUUCAAUCAAGCAACAUAAUUCCAGAGGCUCCGCCACCGAACAAAGCUGAUGAAGACAGUAAGAUUAAAGCCUUUGUUGAUACUCCAGCUCUGGAUUGGCAACGUCAAGGUUCAGACUUUGGUACUGGUAGAGGCUUUGGAAGGGGUUCAGGUGGUCGGAUGGGGGGUGGACGUGGUUUUGGGAUGGAGCGGAAAACACCUCCACAAGGCUAUGUGUGUCACAGAUGCAAGGUGCCAGGCCACUUUAUUCAGCAUUGCCCCACUAAUGGUGACCCAAAUUAUGACAUGAGGAAAGUCAAACAGCCUACUGGUAUUCCAAGAUCCAUGCUAAUGGUAAAUCCACAAGGCUCAUAUGCUUUACCAAAUGGCUCAGUAGCUGUCUUAAAACCAAAUGAGGCUGCUUUUGAGAAAGAAAUAGAAGGGUUGCCAUCAACACGUUCAAUUGGGGACCUACCACCUGAGCUCCACUGUCCCUUGUGUAAUAAUGUUAUGAAAGAUGCUGUACUGACAAGCAAGUGUUGCUUUAAAAGCUUUUGUGACAGAUGUAUUAGGGACUAUAUUAUCUCCAAAUCUGUGUGCGUAUGUGGUGCAACAAACAUUCUUGCUGAUGAUCUCUUACCAAAUAAGACACUAAGAGAUACCAUCAAUAGGAUAUUAGAGUCUGGCAACAGCAGUGCUGAAAAUGCUGGGAGCACUUUUCAAGUUCAAGAUAUGGAGUCUGCUCGAUGUCCACAGCCUAAGAUUCCAUCCCCAACCUCAUCUGCUGCGUCCAAGGGAGAACUAAAGGUUUCACCUGUUAAUGAGAAAACAACAAAUAUAAUUGAAACAACUGAUGAUAAAAAGGCCGUUUCUGCUCCUCAGCAGACCUCAGAGCAAGUUAGGAACAUCAGAGUUGCUGAUGUAGUAUCUGAAGCUACUCAUGAGUCUAUGAGUGUGAAAGAACCAGCCUCACGAGGGAGUACUCAGCAGGUUGAGGAAGAAGUGCAGCAGAAAUUGGUUCCUGCCGAUGCUGGAAAGAAAAAGAAGAAGAAGAAAGUCCGUUUGCCCCCAAAUGAUUUGCAGUGGAAAACUCCGCAUGACUUUGGGGUUGAGAACUACAUGAUGCCAAUGGGCCCACCUCCAGGCUAUAAUUCAUACUGGAAUGGCAUGCAACCAAUGGAUGGAUUCAUGGCGCCAUAUGGGGGUCCAAUGCAAAUGAUGGGCUAUGGUCUUGGCCCCUUGGACAUGCCAUUUGCGGGUGGUAUGCCACAAGACCCAUUUGGCAUGCAAGGUUACAUGAUGCCUGUUGUUCCGCCUCAUAGGGAUCUUGCUGACUUCGGUAUGGGAAUGAAUGUUCCACCCCCAGUUAUGAGUAGAGAGGAGUUUGAGGCCCGUAAAGCAGAUAUGAGGCGGAAGCGCGAAAAUGAGAGACGGGUUGAAAGGGACUUCUCCAAAGAUCGAGACUUUGGUAGGGAAGUGAGCAGUGUUGGAGAUGUUUCUUCAAUGAAAUCAAAAACUAAAUCAAUUCCACCUUCCUCCGGUAGCGAUUACCAUCAUCAUCGUUUCCGUUCGGAGAGACUGUCACCAGAACGGUCUCCGCGGGAGCUCGAACCUCCGCGCCCUGCCAAGAGAAAGUCCGACCACCACUCAGAUCGUGAACGCGAAGAUAGGGAUCGCGACUAUGAGCACGACCGUCAUCACCAUCACCGCCAUCACCGUUCAGAAUCCUCGUCUAGGAGGUCAUCGGAACCAGUGACCAAAGCUCCUUCCAAUGCGGCAUUAGCGGCAGCUGAUCGCAAGCAGAAGGCCAGCGUGUUCUCUCGCAUAAGUUUCCCUGGCGAGGAGGAACCCCCCAAGAAGAGAAAGGUCACCGCUUCUUCGACAGCGGAACCGGCCGCCGCGGCCGCCGCUCCCGGUGCCUCUUCGGCUCACCUCAAGGCAGUGUCGAACGGGUACUACGAAGGAAGGAAAAGCAGCGCCGCUGCGGAUUACGAGUCGAGCGACGAUGAGCGGCAUUUUAAACGGAGACCUUCGAGGUACGAGCCGUCUCCCCCGCCUCAAGCGAUGGAGUGGGAGGACGAAGGAAGACAUCCGAGAGGUUCGAGGGAGCGCAAACACAGGUGACAUUUUUGAUACAGUUGUGCCGGCAACCAUUUGCCUACGACGAAGUAAAGAGACAUUUUUAACUGCUAGCGGUGCUGUGCCCGUGCUCGCUGAGAUUGUUAUCAACUUCUCUCUUCCAAACCUUGAAAUAAGCUUCCUUUUGGAAGGAAUUUAUUUCAUUGUAACUUUGCUUCCCAUCAAUUUUCAAUAAUUUCGCCCUGUAAAAUUAUCACUUUUUAUUCAAAUCUAAUGAAAUGGAUCUCUUCAUUUUGCCACCA